GCCAGAUACACAUGCUCUAUUAGGCUAAACUCAGAUUAUAAUUUAGCCAGCUCUGAGAAAACACAUCAUGAUUUUUUGGGUGAUUAUCAGUCUGCUCCUGGAGGUCGUUGCAGUUGCAGGUGUGGCUCUGGACCCCUGCUCUGCCUACAUCAGCCUGAAUGAACCCUGGAGGAACACAGACUACCACGUCAACCAGUCAACCGGCGUGCCCCUGUGCGACAGCCACAUGUCUGGAGAAUGGUAUCGCUUCACUGGCAUGGCAGGGGAUGCCAUGCCCACCUUCUGCGUGUCUGAGAAUCAUUGUGGCACCCAUGCUCCCAUCUGGCUCAACGGCACCCACCCUCAACCCAACGAAGGCAUCGUCACCCUGCCUGUGUGUGCCAGCUUCAAUGACAACUGCUGUCAGUGGAACGCCAGCGUCGAUGUGAAGGCCUGUACUGGAGGCUACUUUGUCUACCGCCUGCCCAGACCCUCCGUCUGCUUCCAUGUUUACUGUGGCCAUUUCUAUGAUAUCUGUGAUGAAGUGGACUGUUUAGGUCCCAGAUGUCCCGAGUCUGACUGUCGCUGUGCACCUGGAACUGUCCUGGGACCAGACAGACAAACAUGCCUGGAUGUGAAUGAAUGUGAGAAGGGCAACGGCGGCUGUGCAGAGGUGUGUGUGAACACUAAAGGCUCCAGGCGCUGUGAGUGUGGGCCGGGCCGUGUGCUGGAUGAGGAUGGACGCAACUGUAGAGAGAUAGCAGGCUGUCAUGUUAACAAUGGAGGCUGCAGCCAUGGCUGCUCCACACUGCUGGACUCCUAUCAGUGCCACUGUCCCAGAGGGCUGGAGCUGGGAGAGGACAAACGCACAUGUCAGGUGCCGGUCCAGUGUGAUUCCAGCUCUAUUAUUGUGUCAGUGCCUAAAGACCUUGUAGGAGGACUGGAGCUCUCGCUGUCCAACUCAUCUUGUCGAGGUGUCUCCAAUGGCACACACAUCAACCUCAGCUUCAGCCUCAAGACCUGUGGCACAGUGGUGGAGGUGACAGAUGACAAGAUUGUGGGGACCAACCUGGUGACAGGACUUCCCAGGAGCAGCCCAGGCAGCAGCAAGGACCUGAUAGUCCGCACCAGCAAGUUAGUGCUCCCAGUCACCUGUGAAUUCCCCAGGGAGUACCAAGUGUCGGACGGAUACCAGGCAAGUCAGCGCAGCUCAGCCCUCGAACUGGCAGGCCACAGCGAGGGAGUCUUCCCCUUCUCCCUGGAGCUCUUUAAGAGCGCAGAGUUCUCAGAGCCUUACCUCACCCCGCCAUCGCUCCGCCUGCACGACUCCCUCUUCUUUGGGGUGGAGCCGAAAGAAAGGGUGGAGGGCCUGUCUGCCUUGGUGGAAAGCUGCUUCGCCACACCAGGGCCCAAAGCUGACCAGGCACUCAAGUAUUACCUCAUCAAAGAUGGGUGUAUCUCUGAUGAAACAGUGACACAAUACUCAUCUAAGGACCAGCUCUCGAAGCACUACCAGGUCCCUGUUUUCAAGUUCAUUGGCAAGGACAACCGACAAGUGUUCCUCCACUGCCAGGUGUUGGUAUGUGGUGCAGGGGACUCCCAUUGCGCUCAGAGUUGUCGAGGACGUGUCCGCAGAGAGGCUGGGAGUGGUGAAACUCAGGAGCAGCACACACUGAGUGGAGGCCCCAUCUUCAUCCUGCCUGAGCCAUGAUGCUAACAUAAAGCAAAACACAGUGAGCUUAUGCAAACAGCAGCAGCAAAACUGCAUAUGCAGAGUAACAUUUAGAUAAAAGGAGACUAUUCCAGUUUAUUUAAAAGUCCCUCAUAUACACAUAUAGACAUGCAGAUGCACAGUAUGUACAGUCGUCUUUGUUUCUAUGUAAACUCCAGUGUCACUCACAGAGCUGUAUGUGUUUCAUUGCCACUUUGCCCGGCAGCACAAAUUCCUGACAUUAAAGUGAAUGACAUUUCUAUUAGAAAUCAUUUGGAGGGGCCACAGUUCAUUUGUAACAACUACAGCAUGAAGGAUGUUUUUCUAGGUCACACUUUCAGGCAUUUCUCAGGCCUGAUUACGGCUUAAAGAUUUAGUGGAUUUAUAGAAGUGGUUUAUAUUUCACACCAUUGCUGACUUGAAAAAUACAUGCAGAACACCCAUGGAUGCGUUCUGACUCAUUUUCUUGGUAUAAUCGAUGGCUCGCGGAGCACGUCACACAUCCCAGUGUGGUGGGAAAGAGAUAUCAGUGUGCCAUGCCCUGGAAAGCAUGCGCUUCCUCACUGAAAAUUAAUAUCGAAUUAAUCAUGUCAGUUCAACUGCAAUUAGCCAUGUAGUUAUUAUUUAAAUAAUAUCAAACACUGGCAAAUAACUAACAUCAAACAUUAACGUAGUAGCAUUACAUUUACAUGACAUUAACUUAAAGUUUAAGCAGACUAUCUUGAUAAAUAGCAGCACACAAAAGAAAAAACAUGUGCGCCUUUGUAAUUAAACUGUCUUUCUAUCUUGAGGAAAUUAAUCCAACCACAAUAUCCUUCCCAUCAGGCACUUUGUUUGGAGUCAUUGCAGUAAUUUAUGGUAAUGGAGUCAUAAAGGCCUAAAAAUGGCCUAAAAUUAAAUGGAGAGUGUAACAUGCAUAAGCAGUUAAUUAAGAUUCUGAAAUUCAUAUUCAGAUACUUAAUAUUUGUCAGUACUGCCCAUGAAUAAAACCUGAGAAAUUUGCAUUCCUCUUUUAUGUCUUUUUUCACUCGCAGGCUGUGAAUCCUGAAAGG